UGCCCUUUCUCAAUUCAUGAAGCUCAGAAGGAGGAGGGCUGCCGAAGUGCCUCCCAAAAUCAAAGCUUUCAUCAAUAGUGUCACUGCUGUUCCGCUCGAGCAAAUACAAGAACCCCUUCAACGUUUUCGCUGGGAAUUCGAUAAGGGCGACUUUCAUCACUGGGUGGACCUCUUCAAUCAUUUUGACACUUAUUUUGAGAAGCACAUAAAAGGAAGGAAGGAUCUGCAGAUUGAGGAAAACUUUGAGGAGUCGGUUCCUUCUUUCCCCAAGGAUGCUGUUCUUCAAAUUCUCCGAGUUAUCAGAGUUGUUUUAGAGAAUUGCACAAACAAACAUUUUCAUAGUUCCUAUGAGCAGCAUCUUUCUCUCCUGCUAGCAUCAACUGAUGCAGAUGUCGUUGAAGCCUGUCUGCAGACGUUGGCUGCCUUUUUGAAGAGGCAAAUUGGAAAAUACUCCAUAAGAGAUGCUUCUCUAAAUUCAAAACUUUUUUCCCUUGCGCAAGGCUGGGGGGGAAAAGAGGAAGGUCUUGGCUUGGCAUCGUGUGCCACAGAAAACAGUUGUGAUCAGGUUUCUCACCAGCUAGGUUGUACUCUUCAUUUUGAGUUUUAUGCUUCUAAUGAAUCAUCAAGUGAGCUUCCCGGCGGUUUACAAGUUAUCCAUGUACCUGAUGUCAGCAUGCGUGCAGAGUCUGACCUGGAACUACUGAACAAAUUAGUCACUGAUCACAAUGUUCCUCCCAGUUUAAGAUUCGCGUUGUUGACCAGAUUGAGAUUUGCAAGGGCGUUCUCAUCUUUGGCUACCCGGCAGCAGUAUACAUGCAUUCGCUUAUAUGCUUUCAUUGUUUUGGUUCAAGCAAGUGGUGACACAGAGAAUGUUGUUUCUUUCUUUAAUGGCGAGCCCGAGUUUGUAAAUGAGUUAGUUACGCUGUUAAGCUGUGAGGAUACUGUUCCAGAGAAAAUAAGGAUCCUAUGCUUGCUUUCCUUGGUUGCACUAUCGCAAGAUCGAACCCGGCAGCCGGCUGUUUUAACUGCAGUCACCUCUGGAGGGCAUCGUGGUUUGCUAUCUGGCCUAAUGCAGAGAGCAAUUGAUUCUGUUAUUUGUAAUACUUCUAAGUGGUCUCUGGCUUUUGCGGAAGCCUUGUUAUCCCUUGUUACAGUCCUUGUUUCAUCAUCAUCUGGGUGUUCAGCCAUGCGAGAAGCUGGUCUAAUUCCGACCCUUGUGCCUCUCAUCAAAGAUAGAGAUCCCCAGCACUUGCAUUUGGUCAGUACUGCUGUGCAUAUAUUAGAAGCCUUCAUGGAUUACAGCAACCCAGCUGCUGCUUUGUUUAGAGAUUUGGGUGGCUUAGAUGAUACUAUCUUUCGGUUGAAACUGGAAGUCUCUCGUACUGAAGAUGAUGUGAAAGAAACAAGUUGCAGUUCAGAUAGUGUUGGGAGGGAAUCAGAUGUUGUUGGUGGCUCUCUUAAUCAGCCUGAUACUGAACAGCUUCCCUAUUCCGAAGCAUUAGUUUCGUAUCACAGGAAAUUGUUGUUAAAAGCCUUGCUACGUGCAAUAUCUCUUGGAACUUAUGCUCCUGGUAACACUAACCUCUAUGGUUCCGAGGAGAGCUUGCUGCCUGAAUGCUUAUGCAUAAUCUUCCGGAGAGCAAAAGAUUUCGGGGGUGGAGUGUUCUCGCUUGCUGCCACUGUCAUGAGUGAUCUCAUUCAUAAAGACCCCACUUGUUUCAAUGCUUUAGAUUCGGCUGGUCUAACUUCUGCCUUCCUUGAUGCUAUAUCUGAUGAUAUCAUCUGCUCUGCAGAAGCCAUAACAUGCAUUCCACAGUGUCUGGAUGCCCUGUGUCUCAACAAUAGCGGUCUCCAAGCUGUAAAGGACCGAAAUGCAUUGAGGUGUUUCGUGAAAAUAUUUACUUCUGCAUCUUAUCUGCGGGCUCUUACUGGCGAUACUCCUGGUUCUUUGUCAAGUGGGCUUGAUGAACUCUUAAGACACCAAUCUUCGUUGCGCACUUAUGGAGUCGAUAUGUUCAUUGAAAUCCUCAAUUCGAUGUUGAUUAUGGGAUCUGGGAUGGAGGCCUCCACUUCUAUGUCAACAGAUGUGCCUACAGAUGCUGCAACCGUUCCUAUGGAAAUUGAUUCUGAUGAGAAGAGCUUGGCCGUUUCGGAUGAGGCACAACCAUCUUCUGAUACUACUCCAGCAAACAUUGAGCAGUUUCUUCCAGAUUGUGUGUCUAAUGUUGCUCGUCUCUUUGAAACAGUUCUUCAGAAUGCGGAAGUAUGUUCCCUGUUUGUUGAGAAAAAAGGAAUUGAUGCUGUUUUGAAGCUAUUCUCUUUGCCUCUUAUGCCUCUGUCAACCCCUCUUGGUCAAAGUUUUUCUGUCGCUUUUAAGAACUUCUCCCCUCAGCAUUCGGCUAGUCUAGCCCGGAUAGUGUGCUCCUACUUAAGAGAACAUCUGAAGUACACAAAUGAGCUUUUGGUUUCCAUUGAAGGCGCUCAGCUUCUUAAAUUAGAGUCUGAGAUCCAGACAAAGAUUUUGAAAUCUCUUUCCUGCCUAGAAGGCGUGUUGUCCCUCUCUAACUUUUUGUUGAAAGGAACAGCUUCAGUUAUUUCGGAACUGAGUGCUGCUGAUGCUGAUGUACUGAAAGAACUUGGUCUAACAUAUAAGCAAAUGAUAUGGCAGAUGGCUUUGUGUAGUGAUGCCAAAGAAGAUGAAAAAAAGAGUGUUGAUCGAGGACCUGAUAAUUCAGUUUCAGCAUCAUCUAGUGUUGAAAGAGAGAUUGAUGAAGAUUCAAGCAACGCUCCUGCAGUUAGAUACACUAACCCUGUAGCCACUAGAAGCAGUAACCCUCAGUCUAUUUGGGUUGGGGAUCGUGAAUUUCUCUUUGUUGUGCGUUCUGGCGAAGGUACCCAUGGUCGUACACGACAUGCAAUAGCCAGAAUGAGGGGUGGGAGGACUCGUCGACACCUGGAGUCUUUCAAUUUUGAUUCUGAGAUUCCUUCUGAUCUACCAGAAACGUCAUCUUCCCAUGAGCUGAAAAAGAAAAGCCCCGAAGUUCUCAUUGUUGAAAUUUUAAACAAGCUGAAUUGUACACUACGUUUUUUUUUCACAGCCCUUGUGAAAGGAUUUACCUCCUCUAAUCGUCGCAGAAUUGAUGGAGCAUCAUUGAGUUCAGCAUCUAAGACGCUUGGUACUGCCCUAGCUAAAGCAUUUCUCGAAGCUCUUAACUUCCAGGGCUAUGGUGCUACUGCUGGGCAUGAUAUCUCUCUGUCAGUAAAGUGCCGGUACCUUGGAAAAGUGGUAGAUGACAUCACUUCCCUGACAUUUGAUACUCGAAGGAGGGUCUGUUUUCCAGCUAUGGUGAAUAGUUUUUAUGUCCAAGGAACCUUUAAGGAACUUCUCACCACAUUUGAAGCUACAAGCCAGUUGCUUUGGACAGUGCCGUUUUCUAUUCCUGCAUCUGGUACUGAGAAUGAGAAGCCAGGUGAAAGGAAUAUAUGGUCUCACAGUAUGUGGCUGGUAGAUACUCUGCAAAACUAUUGCCGAGCACUGGACUAUUUUGUUAACUCGACAUUUCUGUUAUCUCCAGCCUCCGCUUCUCAAACUCAGCUUCUUGUCCAGCAAGCUUCAGUUGGUUUGUCGAUUGGACUUUUCCCUGUACCAAGUGAACCUGAGGCUUUCGUGCGAAAUCUGCAGUCUCAGGUUUUAGAUGUCAUACUACCUGUAUGGAACCACCCUAUGUUUCCUGAUUGCAACCCUAGUUUUGUGGCUUCAGUUACAUCCCUUGUUACACAUAUAUACUCUGGUGUUGUGGACGCUAGGCAAAAUGAGAGUGGGAGUGGGGUUGACCGAGGUACAAACCAAAGAGCCUUGCCUCUACAGCCUGACGAAACCAUUGUUGGUAUGAUUGUUGAAAUGGGAUUUUCUAGGUCAAGAGCGGAAGACGCCUUACGAAGAGUUGGAACAAACAGUGUUGAAAUGGCCAUGGAGUGGUUGUUCUCCCAUCCUGAAGAUCCUGUGCAGGAAGAUGACGAUCUUGCUCAAGCACUUGCACUAUCUCUUGGAAAUUUAUCUGAAACUCCAAAACUUGAUGAUACAGAAAAGCCUGUAGAUAUUCCGCAGGAAGAAGCAGAGCCGAAAGAACCAUCUGUUGAUGAAGUUAUUGCUGCAUCGGUGAAGUUAUUUCAAAGUGAUGAUUCUAUGGCCUUCCCACUGAUGGAUUUGUUUGUGACACUCUGUAGCCGAAACAAAGGGGAAGAUCGCCCGAAAAUUGUGUCGUAUCUUAUUCAGCAACUGAAGCUCGUACAACUUGAUUUCUCCAAGGAUACUGGUGCGUUGACUAUGAUUCCACACAUUUUAGCAUUGGUUCUCUCAGAGGAUGAUAACACACGAGAAAUUGCUGCAUUAAAUGGUAUUGUGACCGUAGCGAUUGAUAUCUUGACGGAUUUCAAGCUUAAGAGUACAUCUGAAAAUGAGAUUCUGGCUCCAAAAUGCAUUAGUGCUUUGCUUCUUAUCUUGAGCAUGAUCCUGCAGUCACGGACAAAAGUCUCCUCCGAAUAUGUGGAAGGAAAUAAAAGUGGAUCUUUGGAGCCGACCGAGUCUCCUCUAGACUCAGCAGCAGCUUUAAAGAAAGCGUUAUCUACAGAUGCUGCUAAAGGAGAGUCAAACGUGGCUUUGGAAUCGAUUUUUGGAAAUUCUACAGGCUACCUGACCAUGGAAGAAGGUCAAAAAGCGCUACUAAUUGCCUGUGGCCUCAUAAAGCAGCAUGUUCCAGCAAUUAUCAUGCAGGCUGUCCUUCACUUAUGUGCUCGUCUGACGAAAACACAUGCUUUAGCUGUACAGUUUCUGGAAAAUGGAGGCUUAUCUUCACUUUUUAGUCUUCCGAAAAAAUGUUUUUUCCCUGGGUAUGACACUGUUGUAUCUGUUAUUGUACGACAUCUCGUUGAAGAUCCUCAAACUCUCCAAAUUGCUAUGGAAUCAGAAAUACGACAGACCUUGAGUGGGAAGAGGCAUAUAGGUAGGGUAUUACCUCGGACAUUCUUGACAACAAUGGCACCUGUAAUUUCUAGAGAUCCGGUGGUUUUUAUGAAAGCUGUGGCUUCUACUUGUCAGCUGGAGUCCUCAGGAGGGAGGGAAUUUGUGAUCCUGUCAAAGGAAAAAGAGAAGCCAAAAGUUUCAGGCAGUGAACACGGAUUCUCUUUGAAUGAACCCCUUGCAAUAUCCGAAAAUAAGCUUCAUGAUGGGUCAGGAAAAUGUUCAAAAAGCCACAGAAGAGUCCCUGCUAACUUUAUUCAAGUAAUUGAUCAGCUUAUUGACAUUGUCUUGAGUUUUCCUAAGGUGAAGAGGCCGGACGAUGAUGAAACCAGUUUAAUUUCGAUGGAGGUUGAUGAGCCGACAACUAAAGUGAAGGGUAAGUCAAUAGUCGGGGAACUGGCGAAAGCAGAACUUGGAUCUGAAAAAUCUGAAGAAUUGGCCAGGGUAACAUUUAUCUUGAAGUUGUUGAGUGAUAUUGUUCUCAUGUACUUGCAUGGCACCAGUGUCAUACUGAGACGGGAUACAGAAAUAUCUCACCUUCGGGGAUCUAAUCUACCUGAUGAUUCACCUGGCUAUGGAGGGUUAAUUUACCAUGUCAUUCAUCGAUUACUUCCUAUAUCUCUCGAGAAGUUUGUUGGGCCUGAAGAAUGGAAGGAGAAAUUGUCUGAAAAGGCUUCCUGGUUUCUUGUCGUGUUGUGCAGCCGUUCCAGUGAAGGACGUAAAAGAAUAAUAAAUGAGCUUUCGAAGGUUUUAUCCGUGUUUGCUUCCUUGGGAAGGAGUUCUACUAAAAGUGUUCUGUUACCCGAUAAAAGAGUUCUUGCUUUUGCUGACCUGGUUUAUUCAAUCCUGACGAAGAAUUCAUCUUCCAGCAACUUACCUGGGUGUGGUUUUUCACCUGAGGUUGCAAAGAGCAUGAUAGAUGGUGGAACAAUCCAGUGUCUGACCAGCAUCCUUCACGUAAUUGAUCUCGACCACCCUGAUGCUCCAAAGCUUGUCACUCUUAUUCUCAAGUCUCUCGCGACACUGACGAGGGCUGCAAAUGCUGCCGAGCAGCUAAAAUCAGAAGGACCAAACGAGAAGAAGAGCACAGAUUCUAAUGAGAGACAUGGCAGUCUUGGAACUUCAACUGAGGCAGAAGUUGAUGGGCUGAAUCGAAGUGAUAGCAGUCUACAGCAAGUAACAGAUGCAUCGGCGAAUGGACAGGAGCAGCCUCCAGUUUCCUCUCAACGCGAAGGUGAAAGGAGUUCUAGUCAAACCCAGGCUAUGCCUCAGGAGAUGAGGAUAGAAGGCAAUGAGACUAUACUGCCUGAACCUAUUCAGAUGGAUUUCAUAGGAGAAGAGAUUGAAGGUGAUCAAAUGGAAAUGAGUUUUUAUGUUGAAAAUAGGGCCGAUGAUGAUGUAGAUGAUGAGAUGGAAGACGAAGGGGAGGAUGAUGAAGGAGAUGAUGAGGAUGCAGAAGAUGAUGAGGAUGCAGAUUUAGUGGAAGAUGGAGCCGGUGUUAUGUCUCUUGCUGGAACUGAUGUGGAAGACCCUGAAGAUACUGGCCUUGGAGAUGAAUAUCAUGAUGACAUGAUUGACGAAGACGAGGAUGAGGAUGAUUUCCACGAGAAUCGUGUAAUAGAGGUGCGGUGGAGGGAAGCUCUUGAUGGGCUGGAUCACUUUCAGAUUCUUGGGCGAUCUGGUGGUGGAAAUGGAUUAAUUGAUGAUAUUACAGCUGAGCCGUUUGAAGGAGUUAAUGUGGACGAUCUGUUUGCUCUGCGGAGAUCCUUGGGCUUCGAGCGUAGACGUCAAACAGGCAGAAAUUCUUUUGAUCGGUCUGGUUCUGAAGUACAUGGUUUUCAUCAUCCGCUCUUCUCCAGAACUUUGCAAAACGGCAAUACAGCCUCAGCUGCAGCAAGUGUUGGCAGCUAUGACGUAGCACAAUUUUACAUGUUUGAUACACCUGUUCUACCGUUUGAUCAAGUAACAAGUAAUCCAUUCAGUGAACGUUUAGGAGGUGGUGGGGCACCUCCUCCUUUGACAGAUUAUUCUGUUGUGGGCAUGGAUUCAUCAAGAAGAGGGGUUGGUGAUAAUCGGUGGACUGAUAUUGGUCAGCCUCAACCAAGUAGCCAAUCUACUUCAAUUGCCGAGUUGAUUGAAGAACAUUUUAUUUCCAACUUGCGUGCUUCUGCUCCAGCAGAUGCUGAUGUAACGGCUGGAAGUUUCUCUCAAGGUCAAGCAAACCCAGCUUCUCCUGUCGUCCGAGAUACAGGUACACCAAAUGAGAUUGACGGAAUGGAAGUUGGGGAAGGUGACGAAGUACCCUUUGAGCAAGCAGACCUCGAAGCGGCCCAUCUUGUCUCCACUGCCCAGGGUCAACCUGAUACUUCCAGUAUUCAAAAUGAUCCUGAUUCUGUUACUGGGGCGCCUCUUCCAGUAGCUGAUCCUGAUUCUCAUUUUCAACCAAGUGUAGAUGUAGAUAUGAAUAGUGAUGGUGCAGAGGGAAAUCAAAGUGUGGAACCUUCAGUUUUGGCCAGUGACAACAAUGAGCUCUCAUCCAUGGAAGCUACACAAGAAGCGGGGAACGAUGAACAAGUUGCUGAAGGUAGCUUGGACGGCGGGGCACAUGAAGCGAAUGCCAUUGAUCCUACAUUUUUGGAGGCGCUCCCUGAAGAUUUGCGAGCCGAAGUCCUUGCUUCUCAGCAAGCUCGGUCCGUUCAGCCUCCAACUUAUGAACCACCUUCAGUAGACGACAUAGAUCCUGAAUUUUUGGCAGCCCUUCCCCCAGAUAUCCAAACAGAAGUUCUUGCUCAACAAAGGGCACAAAGGAUGGCCCAACAGUCCCAAGGACAGCCAGUUGACAUGGAUAACGCUUCAAUUAUUGCUACUUUACCUGCUGAAUUACGUGAAGAGGUACUCUUAACAUGUUCAGAAGCAGUUUUGGCAGCUUUACCUUCACCUUUGCUUGCGGAAGCGCAGAUGCUAAGAGACCGAGCAAUGAGUCACUAUCAGGCUCGUAGUCUUUUUGGAAAUAGCCACAGACUGAAUAAUCGAAGGAAUGGUAACAAUAGGCUGACGGGGAUGGACAGGGGUGCUGGAAUCACUAUGGGUCAAAGGGCUGUUUCAUCUUCUGCAGAUGGCUUGAAACUAAAAGAGAUCGAAGGAGACCCUCUUGUGAAUGUUGAUGCCUUGAAAUCACUUAUCCGGCUACUACGACUAGCACAGCCCUUGGGAAAAGGCCUUCUGCAUAGGCUUUUAUUAAAUCUAUGUGCUCACAGUGUGACAAGAGCAAACUUGGUUCAACUUUUGCUGGAUAUGAUUAGGCCAGAGAUGGAAACAUCACCCAGCAAGUUGGCGGGAACUAAUCCUCAAAGACUCUAUGGCUGUCAAUCAAAUGUUGUUUAUGGACGAUCCCAGCUGUUGAAUGGUCUUCCUCCUCUAGUGUUCCGUCGGGUGCUUGAGGUUUUGACGUACUUGGCUACGAAUCAUCCGGCUGUUGCUGACAUGUUGUUUUACUUCGAUUCGUCACUGCUGUCCCAGUUGUCAAGCCCGAAACCUUCUGUGUGUGAGGGCAAGGGUAAGGAGAAAGUUACUCAUGUGACAGACUCACGGGAUCUGGAGAUACCUCUGGUUGUCUUCCUAAAACUGCUCAACCGGCCUCAGCUUUUGCAGAGUACAUCUCAUCUCGCACUGGUCAUGGGUUUGCUGCAAGUAGUUGUGUACACAGCAGCAUCAAGAAUUGAGGGAUGGUCUCCAUCAUCAGUCGUACCUGAGAAAUUAGAAAACAAACCCAUUGGUGAAGAAGCUUCAAGUGAAACACGAAAAGAUGCUGAAUCUGAGUUAGUGGAUGAAGCUGAGAUAUCUGAUGCAAGAAGGAAGAAUCGUGCUGACAUAUAUAACAUAUUCUUGCAGUUGCCACAGUCCGAACUCUGCAAUCUUUGUAUUCUUCUUGGUUAUGAAGGGUUAUCGGAUAAAAUUUACUCGUUAGCGGGAGAGGUACUCAAAAAGCUGGCCGCCGUGGAUGUUGCUCAUCGCAAGUUCUUCACGAAAGAGCUUUCAGAACUGGCAAGUGGUUUAAGUGCCUCAAUUGUCCGUGAACUGGCAACACUGAGCAAUACACAGAAGAUGAGUCACAGUACUGGUUCCAUGGCGGGUGCUUCAAUUCUCCGUGUUCUACAGGUGCUUAGCUCACUAACUUCCUCUGUUGAUGAUAGCAAUGCGGGAACUGAAAGGGAAACAGAAGAGGAGGAACAAAACAUUAUGCAGAGACUAAACUUGGCAUUAGAGCCCCUGUGGCAAGAACUUAGCCAGUGUAUCAGCAUUACUGAGUCGCAGCUGGAUAAUACUGCAGCUGAUACAGCCGUGCCUAACGUGAACUCCGGAGAUCAUGUCCUAGGGAUUUCUCCUCCGUCCCCACUUUCUCCAGGAACUCAGAGGCUCCUACCUCUGAUUGAGGCUUUCUUUGUUCUCUGUGAGAAAACUCAAACUCCACCAAUACUACAGCAGGAUCAUGGGAAUGUGACAGCGGGAGAAGUAAAAGAGUCUGUUCUUAGUUCAUCAUCUAAAACCAGCGUAGAUUCUCAGAAAAAAACAGAUGGCUCUGUUACAUUUUCAAAGUUUGCGGACAAGCAUAGGCGACUUUUGAAUUCUUUUGUUAGGCAAAAUCCGAGUUUACUGGAGAAGUCCCUUUCAAUAAUGCUCAAGGCACCAAGGCUGAUUGAUUUUGACAACAAGAAAGCGUACUUCAGGUCAAGGAUAAGGCACCAACAUGGUCGACAGAUUUCUGGGCCAUUGCGUAUUAGUGUCCGCCGCGCUUAUGUGUUGGAAGAUUCAUACAACCAGUUACGUAUGCGCUCCCCACAGGAUCUGAAAGGACGUCUGAAUGUGCAGUUUCAAGGUGAGGAAGGUAUUGAUGCCGGUGGUCUUACAAGAGAAUGGUAUCAGUUAUUGUCAAGAGUUAUAUUUGACAAAGGAGCAUUGCUGUUCACUACCGUUGGAAAUGAUGCCACCUUCCAGCCGAAUCCCAACUCUGCUUACCAAACUGAGCAUCUAUCAUACUUCAAAUUUGUUGGUCGCAUGGUGGCGAAGGCGUUGUUUGAUGGGCAGCUUUUGGAUGUCUAUUUCACUCGUUCUUUCUAUAAACACAUACUUGGUGUGAAGGUAACCUAUCAUGACAUUGAGGCAGUGGAUCCUGAUUACUACAAGAAUUUGAAGUGGCUGCUAGAGAAUGAUUUGAGCGACAUACUGGACCUAACAUUUAGUAUGGAGGCAGAUGAGGAAACACACAUUCUUUACGAAAAGGCUGAGGUGACGGACUAUGAGCUUAAACCUGGAGGAAGAAAUAUACGGGUCACAGAAGAAACAAAACACGAAUAUGUUGAUCUUGUGGCCGGCCACAAGCUUACCAAUGCUAUUCGGCCUCAAAUCAAUGCCUUCCUCGAAGGCUUUAAUGAGUUGAUACCUCGUGAGCUCGUAUCCAUUUUCAACGACAAAGAGCUUGAGCUCCUAAUCAGCGGUUUGCCUGAGAUUGAUUUUGAUGAUCUUAAAGCCAAUACCGAGUAUACCAGCUACACGGCAGGAUCCCCUGUAAUUCAUUGGUUCUGGGAGGUCGUUAAAGCUUUUAGCAAAGAAGACAUGGCUAGAUUUCUUCAAUUCGUCACCGGAACGUCAAAGGUUCCUUUGGAAGGUUUCAAGGCUCUGCAAGGCAUUUCUGGCCCUCAAAGGUUACAAAUCCACAAAGCAUAUGGAGCUCCGGAGAGGCUGCCAUCAGCUCAUACAUGUUUUAACCAGUUAGACCUCCCAGAGUAUCAAUCUAAGGAACAACUUCAGGAACGCUUGCUACUUGCCAUUCACGAAGCCAGUGAAGGUUUCGGCUUUGCUUGA